AAUCUGAUGCUCCUCUAUGGUAUGAACUAAGAUACGGACGAGUAAUUGCAUCAAAAGCAGAUGAAAUUACUAUAUGUACCACUAAAUUUGGAAGUCUAGUAGAACAAAUUAUGGAUGCAUACUCAUUUAAAGAAACUAUUGCUACCAAGAGAGGGCUACAUAGUACUCACUAAAGGUAAAAAUAAAUAAGCAAAUAUGUAUGUUAAAUCUUUUGUCACUUGAAACUUACCGCCUCAGAUCUUCUGAUUAAUCCAGGUUGGUGUCGCACCUUUUGGAUAUAUUUACACGCCACAUUCAUCGCUGUCGCCGAGGAUGGUUCUUUUACGCUAAAUUUAUCUUUACGAGGACCUGAGCUGGCUGAAAGAAGUUGCUUGUUUUGCCUAGAGAUCCUGGUCGAAAAACGAUCAACUAUGCAACUCGGCAUCAGCGACAAAAGACAUCCCUAAUGAACUCGGAAGGAAAUCAGAAGAAUGGGGACCAAAUUGGCCGAUUGAAUUGGAGCAAAACCACCAAGUAACAAUAGAAAACCGAAAAAAGAAGAAAUGUUUAAUUUUGACGGGCAGCACACGACGUCUUCUGUCGACUACAACAAUACUGGUACAAACGAGUAUAAUGCGACUACGAACAGAAGCUUCUCACCCCAGAAUAACGCUAGACAUUUUUCGGUUAGCAGCCUACUGAGACUUGGCCAAAAGAGACGGGGGUCCAUUGACAAUGAUUCUGAAGGUUACGGUUUUGAGGAAAAAUCAGCAAAAAAACCUCGACGAAAUCGUACAACCUUUACAACAGCCCAAUUAGCAGCGUUGGAAAAAGUUUUUGAGAAAACUCACUACCCUGACGCGUUCGUCAGAGAAGACUUGGCUUCUAAAGUAAAUCUUAGUGAAGCCAGAGUUCAAGUAUGGUUUCAAAAUCGCCGAGCGAAAUUUCGGCGUAACGAACGAAGCCUCACCCUCCAAAACUCCCCAAGUGCUAAGCCGAAAUCUUCCUCCCCUGUAGGAGUACCACUUAAACCCGAUGGACUUACAGUAGAAAAAGUAUUUACUUACCAAAACUCUCCUAGUCAUCCCACUCCUGAUCUUCAAUAUGUUAUGCCUUGGAAAUGCUCCUAUACACAAUAUGGAGCCGAAAAUAUUUAUACUAAUAAUUUAAAUGGUACUGGAUGUACGCUAUUUUCUCCCAAUCCGUUCAAUUAUGGAACUAAUAUGUGCAAUAGAUUAGCGGAUAUGAGUGGUAUUAGAUAUAGACAAGAAUUUAAUUUAUAGUGUUGUAAAUAUAUUUUACUAUAUGUAUUAAUAUUUAACGUAAGAAAUAUAUAUUAUUUUGUAAAAAAAAAAAAAAUUUUAUCGAUUAGUAUAUUUCAUAGACAUAGGAAAUUUUUAUGGCAAAAAAAAUUGUUUCUAGGAAUUUAUUAAAAAGUAUUUUUAUAAAUCACAGUAAUAUUCAACUAACGGUUCUAAUUAGUUCAAAAAAGCCCGAUUCAAAUCAGCUCUUAUUUACCCUACUCUUCAACGAUGUAAAAGGCAGACUAAAUUAUUCAUCGAAUCAAAUGGUCUUUUU